UACUGGGCUGAAGGAGGAUAAGAAAGCAGGGGGUUACUUUUCACCAAUUGUCAUGAUAAUUGUUGUACAUAGAGAAAAAAGGAAAAAUCCUGCUGUUAUUUUCGCUGGAUGGAACUCAGUAAAAAGGUUACUCUCUGUGUCUGGGUAAAUCCUGCUUCUUGCGCUUCAACCAUCCAGACGAGGCCAGCCGUCUGAACAGCAUGUUGCCUCUGAAGAGCCCUGUUUCACCCCUGGGCUACAGCACAGACUAUCUGAAGUUUAGUAGUGACUACAGACAUGGGGAGGUGGGAGGGGCCAGCAGCGCCAGAGGGAUGCGCUCAGCCUCAGAGCUCUGUGAUUUGAUGGACACCUUACAACGCAAGAAGAUCGCCCUGGAGACAAGUCUGAGAGCCAAUGGGGACGCUAGGCCCUCCUACUUCAGUAUGACACAGUCUCCACCCACCACGCCUGUGACCUCACCCACUUCGAUGUGGUCAGCCUAUCAGGAACAGGCUAGGCGUUUCUACGGCGCUGAUCGUCCUCCUCUCUCUGGCAAAGCUGCCGCCCCUCGCUCCCCCUCUCGGCGCUCAGACCCCCCUUCCUCCCGAACGUCCGUGACCCGGAAACAAUCCUACCAAUCACAGGACAGCCUGCUCAUCUCCCCUGGUAAUGGACGACGCCCACUAAACCCAAACUCCUCCCCCCUGUUGUCGAUGCGGAACGGUGGAGGUUCCUCUAACUCAGUGGCCGGUGGUGAUAGCCUCUCCUCUCCUCCACCCUCAUCCCUCUUUCCAACUAGUGGAGCAGCCAGCAUGCCCUCCAGCCCCCGCCUGGGACUCCGAAGCCACGGCAACCAUGAGCCGGUGCCUAGCAACCGAACCAGGAAGUACUCUGCAGGGUCUAUAGGCGGCAUAAUGGAAAGUCACAGCCGCUCACUGCCCCGCCUCUGCCCCUCAUCAUCACCUCGUUCCCAUGACAACAGAGCCCUGGACCUGUUUUCCCUCCCCCUGACCUCUAAUCCUCUACGCAACUCCUCUCACAACAAUAGCCAAAACCACACCACAAACAACAACUACAACCAUAACCAAAUCACUAACUUCACCUACAGCCAGGCCCAAAACAUGAACCGGAACCAAGGAGAGGGGGUGGAAUCCAUCUCUCUCUCCAUCCCUGAGUCUCCCACCCAGGCCCCUCCAGACGGGACCGCACCGUUCCUAUCAGGGGGCUCUUCCAGCCCCCGUGUGGCCAAGAAACUCAGCCUCACCUCCACCAGCUCCACCUCCAGCCUUCAGGAGCCAAAGAGGUCAGCCAGCCGAGGAGCCUCCCCAGGACCAGAGCUCUUUCUGGGGGAGAGGGGGAGAGAGCACAGGGGGGGAAGGCUGGAGCCUGGGCUAGGAUUAGAGGAACGAAGGCAAUCAUUCGGAAAGGGAGGGGUGAGGCUGGGGGCGGGGUUGACCCCACCAGGGGGGUUCAGGGUGAGGAGUGGCAGUAUCAGCUCCCUGAGUGGGAAAGAAGAACUGACUGACUACCACCAUCGCCAGAGAGACGAGAGACUACGAGAACAGGAAGUGGAGAGACUGGAACUCCAACGGCUGGAGACCAUCCUGUCUUUGUGUUCAGAGCUGGGGCGAUCGGAGCAGGACAGGGAGAGGGUGUUGGUUCUAGUCCAGGUACCGGUCUAGCCGACCUUCAAAAGAAUCAACCGGGAACUAGAGAAGCUCCAGGUCUCUGACCGACAAAGAGCCAGUAUCCGUCUCUUCGACUUAACCGUUGACAGAAAUGGUACCGUCUCGGAAAACAAUUAUUAUGGUAACGACAACGAGCGUCAGGUCGGACAGCGAUGGAGCAAGCGAUU